AUGUUUACGUCUGAUGGGGCAAAUCUACUGACUGCAAUUGUGCCGCUGCUGAAACUUCUGUCUAUUGCUGUGAUUGGAUUGAUUCUUGCUCACCCAGGAAAACAAAUUAUCCCUAGGGCGACCUUCAGGCUCCUGAGCAAGCUGGUGUUUGCUCUGUUUCUGCCAUGUUUGAUUUUCACGGAGCUGGGUGAAUCCAUCACACUUGAGAACAUGGCUAAAUGGUGGUUUAUCCCCGUCAAUGUUCUAGUAAGUACGGCAAUGGGUUUCCUUCUCGGACUCUUGGUGGUAGUUAUAUGCCGUCCUCCCCCACAGUUCAAUAGAUUCACAAUCAUCAUGACUGCAUUUGGAAACACUGGAAAUCUGCCUUUAGCCAUUGUUGGAUCCGUGUGUCACAGUAAAGACACACCAUUUGGCCCCCACUGUCACUCUCGCGGUGUGGCUUAUGUCUCCUUUGCCCAAUGGGUAGCUGUCAUCCUUGUUUACACCUUUGUUUAUCACAUGAUGGAGCCACCAUUGCAGUUCUAUGAGAUUGUCGAGGAAGAGGAAGGUUUGGAGAUUGAGGAGGUAGAGCAAUCUGAAGAUGUCAGUAGGCCGCUCCUUGUGGAAGCUGAAUGGCCAGGGAUUGAGGAGAAAGAAACUGAGCAUUCAAAGUCACCUUUUAUUGCUAGGGUCUUCAAUAGUAUCUCUUCUCUAUCACAGAGCAAUUUCCCCGAUCUCGAUCUCUCCGUCGAAACUUCUACCACUAGUCCCAGGUCCAUUAGGUGUCUGGCAGAGCCUAGAGUUGUGAGGAAGAUGAGGGUUGUAGCUGAACAAACUCCAAUACAGCAUAUACUUCAACCUCCAACUAUUGCCUCUCUGUUGGCUAUCAUUAUUGGAACGGUGCCUCAGCUAAGAUCAAUCGUAUUUGGAUAUGAUGCUCCCCUUUCUUUCAUUAAGGAUAGUUUUGAAAUCUUAGGGGGUGCCAUGGUGCCUUCUGUGAUGCUGGUUCUUGGGGGUAUGCUUUCUGAGGGGCCGAAAGACUCUACUCUUGGACUUCGAACAACAAUAGGCAUAACGGUGGCAAGGCUUUUAUUGCUUCCUCUGCUCGGAAUUGGCGUUGUUGCUCUAGCUGAUAAGCUACAUUUUCUGGGGCAGGAAGAUGCAAUGUACAGAUUUGUGCUGUUUCUGCAUUACACAACUCCGAGUGCCAUUUUACUCGGAGCAAUAGCCAGCCUCAGAGGUUAUGCUGUGAAAGAGGCUUCUGCAAUUCUUUUCUGGCAGCAUGUGUUUGCACUCUUGUCCCUCUCCAUAUACAUAGUGAUCUACUUCAAAUUACUGUCGCAUAUUUGA